AUGAUAGAAGGUGAUCCAGGCCCGCCCCCUGACGGUGGCUCUCGAGCCUGGCUGCAGAUCCUUGCCGGUCACCUUAUCAAUGCUCUUACGUGGGGAUACUCCGCUUCAUUCGGCGUCUACCAGCUCUAUUACACAAGUACAUUAUCACUACCCGAGUCGCAAGUAUCUUGGAUAGGCUCACUCCAGAUCUUCCUCACAUUCUUUGUGGGAACGCUUUCUGGACGUUCUGCCGAUGCCGGAUAUGCCCAGCACACAGCUCUGCUUGGGUCGAUCCUGAUUGUACUCGGAACAUUUAUGACAAGCCUAGCAACGACGUAUUGGCAAAUCUUCCUCGCUCAAGGCGUGUGCACAGGACUUGGUAUGGGCAUCUUGUAUAUGCCGGCUAUAGCCGUCAUCAGCUCAUAUUGGAAGAAAAACAAAGCGAUGGCCUUAGGACUGGCUUCCUCCGGGAGCGGGACUGGGAGCGUCAUAUUCCCUCUUAUCGUACAGAAUCUUCAACCUACUAUUGGUUUUGCUCGAGCUGUUCAGGUCCAAGGCUACGUUGCUCUUGCAUUUGCAAUCAUCAUCAACCUCCUACUCAGGCCACGGCUCCCACCUCGUAAGUCUGGUCCAUUAGUUGAAUGGCCAGCGUUUCAAGAACCAGUUUAUAUACUGUUCACUAUUGGAGUGUUCCUAAUGUUCUGGGCUCUGUACUUUUGUUUCUUCUAUAUCAACACCUAUGCUACGUCGAUUAUUGGCCAGACUCCUGAAGCGGCCGUGAAUUUACUCGUAGUAAUUAGCAGCGUCGGCAUCCCAGUACGACCCCUUCUAGGUUUUGCUGCUGAUCGAUACUUCGGUGCCCUCUCCUCUCUGAUCAUUGCUACUACCCUUUUAGGCGUACUACUAUAUUGCUGGGUUGCCGUCCAUGCCGUUGCCGGAUUAUACGCUUGGUCCGUAUUCUAUGGGAUCGCCACUGGAGCAGCUCAGGGGAUAUUCGUAGCAGGGCUCGUAUCGUUAACUACGGACCCCAGUAAGCUGGGAACACGGUUUGGGAUGGUGUUUUCCGUAUUAGCAUUUGCAUCGCUAGCGGGUCCUCCGACAGCGGGUGCGUUGAUUGAAAGCGAGAGUGGAGGCUUCACGAAAGCGCAAAUCUGGGCUGGAACGGUGACCCUUGCUGCUGCACUCUUUAUAAUCGCUGCUAAAUGGACACAAAAGGCGAUGUCCCGCCAGACCCAGGGCUCUGACAAGGCUUAUAAAAUGGAUCAGGGAUAUACUGAAGAAGUCGUAGUCCAGGUAAACAGCAACGAGCAGACCAAGGUCUGA